UUGAGGGUCCCCCGAAAUCCUUUGGUGGGCUGCAAGUGGACCACGCCAUAUGUUGUGCAGGCCUGUGUUAAAUCAAUGUCAAACUUCAUGAACAUGGGAGUGGCACACUUGUGGAUGAUGGCAAGAUCAAGAGUAUGACCAUCUCUAGCUCCCCCUUAUGGCUGAGACGGGAAAGCCAAUUUAUGCAACAGUAUCCUGUUUCAGCCCUGCCAAGGCUAUGAGAGGACGCAGUCCGGAGAACCUCGGUGGACACGUACUGUAUGUAGGACUCUUCGGGCACCCCGGGAUGCUGCACAGAGCCAAGUAUAGCCGUUUUCGGAAUGAGCCCAUCACUUCCUUAGAUGAAGGGUCUUCUGGAGGCUCAGUCAAUGUCAAAGGUGUACCUCAGACUUCUCCUUCUUCUCCCCUGCCAGUUCACCUGCCUGGGGAAGAUGUCACCUUGGCGGCUCAAGAUAACCCCACCCCACUGUGCACUUUGAUGCCCCGAAUGGCAAGCCUCAGACUGGCCAAUCCAGCAAACCUACUGGGACUGAAAAACUUCUGCCUGGGGACCAGAGAGGUGCCCAAGCUCAAACUCUUGGAGAGCCGGGGGGCAGCUCCAAGCAGCCCAACUUCGCCAGAAGCCAGCCUCUCCCAGGCCACAUCUGCUGCAUCUCCCCAGCUGGAUGUAGAGACUCAGGACAGCUGCAUCCUGCCCAUCUCUGAAGCACCACCUUCCCUGGGCAAUCAGGAUGGGUCCUCUCGCCAACACCUUUUGGGGACUGGCAUGAACUACUGUGUGAGGUACAUAGGCUGUGUUGAAGUGCUGCAGUCGAUGAGAUCCUUGGAUUUUGCCAUGAGAACCCAAGUUACAAGGGAAGCAAUAAGUCGCCUGUGUGAAGCUGUUCCAGGGGAAAAUGGACCCAUUAAAAGACGCAAGCCUCCAGUUAAGUUUUUAUCUUCUGUACUUGGCAGAAGUAACCUUCAAUUUUCUGGAAUUAAUAUAAAACUGACCAUCUCAACAUGUAGCCUUACUCUGAUGAACAUUGAUACUCAGCAGAUUAUUGCAAAUCACCAUAUGCAGUCCAUUUCUUUUGCUUCUGGAGGUGAUCCUGACACCACAGACUAUGUUGCCUACGUAGCUAAAGAUCCAGUUAAUCAAAGAGCCUGCCACAUAUUGGAAUGUCCCAGUGGAAUGGCUCAAGAUGUCAUAAAUACCAUAGGGCAGGCUUUUGAACUCCGAUUUAAAGAGUAUUUGAAAAAUCCUUCUUCUUUGAAUAUUCCCGGCGAAAGGGAGCAGGUGAAUUUGGAGGACAAUACGGAGGAAAAAGAAGAACAUGAGUAUUACAAUGAAAUUCCAGGGAAGCAGCCACCUGCUGGUGGUGUUUUAGAUGCCCGAACGAAAGUUCAGAGCACAGAGCAAAGAACAUACUGCCCAAUACAAUGUGAAAAGCUGUGUUGUUCACCCCGGAACCCCAAAUGUAGCAGCGUAUAUGAAAACUGCUUAGAACCCAGCAAGGCAAUAGGUAGUAUCAGUGAAAGAGUGGUGAAGACUCAACGGGAUCCAUCACUAAUGAAACAUAAGUGCAGAGUGGAUCUCUUCGACGAUCCCUGCUACAUCAACACUCAGGCUUUUCAGACAGCAGUCUGCCCUUCUGGAAUUCAAGACCCGGCUCAAGUACUUGGGAGCCCGUUACACUGUGCAAAAGUACCAGAAACGGUUCAACCAAGUGCCACAAGCAGGACAGCUGGUCUGUAUGCCCUGCCCCAAAUCAAACGACAACUGAGGAAUGAAGACUGCUACCAUGGAAAACUAAGCCGGAAAGCAGCAGAAAGCCUCUUAAUUAAGGAUGGGGAUUUUUUAGUUCGAGAAAGCGCAACAUCACCUGGUCAAUAUGUGUUGAGCGGUUUACAAGGAGGUCAGGUGAAACACCUUCUGCUGGUGGACCCUGAAGGCAAGGUGAGGACCAAAGAUCAUGUAUUCGAUAAUGUGGGUCACCUCAUUCGCUACCACAUGGAGAAUAGUUUGCCGAUCAUCUCUUCUGGAAGUGAAGUAAGCCUUAGACAGCCAGUGAGAAAAGAGAAUCAAAAAGGCCACUUUCAGCCCUACAAAUGACAGCAUUGGAACUCCAUGACCCUGAAAUGCAAAGGAAUGUCAAACUGUGGUAGGAAGAUGGAUUAAAUAAUCUCAAACUUUGUUUUCUAAAUAGAAGAGAGCUCUGUCAACCACACCUUCCAAAAGCCAGUAUGGAAGAGGUGUCCUUCUCUGAAGCAUGAAGUUUAACCUUCAGAAAAUGAAAAAAAAAAUCAGAAGGAGAGAAGACAAUUUGCUCAUAUGGGAAAGGAAAUUAAGCAUGCACAGAUGUCACUUUUAAGGUCACACUGCAUGGAUAACAAGCUGAAAGCACAGUUAAACCACCACAUGCAAAAGAUAACUUGAAUGAACUGCUGAGACACUUGUAUGUGCCUUUUGACUCGAGAUAAUUGGGACAUUUUCAUUUUGUUGGAGAGGUUUUAAGUGUUUUUGCAUUCUAGUCAUGUAAAACCAUUUGCCAAAACAAAACAUUUUGUCUUGCUGAGAAAAAAAAAGAAUGCCAUUUGCUUAAUAGUUACUGACUUUAAUUUCUUUUUUGCUUUUAGGAGCACUUUAAAAACCAAUAUUUAAAAUUAAUUAGAUACUUAACACAGGCCACGUCCGCAAAAGUGAGUGAAGGGGUCAGUCUUUCCCAUUUGCUGUUGGUUAAGGCAACACUAUGCUCUGCAGAAUCAAUAUUUCCAGAUCUUUGCUGUGCAGUCAUAUUGUAGAAACAAAUGAUGGGAAAUUGGACAGACCAAAUCUGUUCAGCUUGUUAGAUUUAAGCAGAUUCCCUAGAACGUUGCCUAGAUAAUUUUACAAAAUCAGGAAUGUUUUGGGGAGGAGGUGGCCUCUCUCUUUAUACCUAUAGCAUGGGUUUACAAGACGGCAGACAAAUGUUUUUUGUAAGGUACAAACCAAUCUGCAUGGAUGUGGAAGCCAGCAUCUCAACAUCUGUUUCUACUCUUUUGGGGGAAACUUUUGCUUCCAGCUUUGUUUUAGGACAUUUAUUUGAAGGGUAAAGCAGAGCAUGGGGUGGGGAGGAGCCCUGUGAUUGGCUGUCAGUGAGCCUUGCAUUGUUAUUGUUGGGGUUUUUCGGUCUGGACCUAUUAUUUUAUUGGCAUAUGGAACUCCUAAUAUGGAAACUCCCUCAACCAGUGCAGACAAAUAACUCAUCUGUUGCUUACAGUUUUUGAGAGCUGUCUGGCACACUGAGCAGUUGAGUGAUUUGCUCAUGGUCACACAGCUAGUAUGUGCCAGGCUAGGGCUGGAACCAAGGUCUUCCUAAGUCCAAGGCUGGCCCUCCAUCCACUAUGCCCCACUGACUCUGCAGUGAAUCACACUACCCACCUUUUCCAGUUCUGAAUAGACAACAGAGAAGGUGAAAAAUCUUUAAAGCCAAAUACUUGGAAAAGGUUGACCCUUCUACAGGCUAUAGUGGAAAGCUCACUGACCUGAGAGGCAAAAAACCUUAACAGUAGUCUCAGCUCUGCCACCGAGUAACACUGUGCACAUAGGCAAAUCUCUGAUCUCUCUGGACCCUAAUUAGUUUACCAAUUUUUAAAAUGAGGGAUUAGGGAUUGGAUUAGAGGAGUUCUGAAGUCCUUUCCAGCUCUAAAAGUCUAUGAUUUUAUGCAUAGCAUUUUAAAAAAAUGAAUUGGAUCAGAGUUGACAACAGAUCUGGAUAAAGCAGGCAUUAAAUAGUCUUGUUUUCCUCCCUAAUUCACUGUGUUUGCCCCCAUACAGUGAAAGAGAGAAUUGAGACAAUCUUUUAGAUAAUUUAAGCCAAAACCAUUUUUGCCUGAAGAAUGAAGAUAAUCAUGGCAAGAGCAUAUUAUCUUUCUUGAAUUAUCAGAUGAUUGUCUCAGUUCUCUACUCUAGUUUUCAGGUUUGUAAUUCUAUAACAAAUUGUUUUACCCUGAAUUACCUGGAUAGCUGCCUUAACCUCACUGCAUUCGGGCUGUGUAGAUGCAGCUUUGCAAUUGUGAACUAUUUAUUUACUAAGGUUUAAACAAAAUACUAAGCUUAAAUUAAAAAAGUAAACGAGGAAUCAUUUUUUUUUGCGUAGAAAUUCAGAGAUGAAGCAUGUUAAUUUCUACAUUUUUUAAUGUCCCACCUAUAAUCUUACUACAACUGCCAAUGAAUCUUUGGGUAUGCUUGUUUUCUUUUUACAAGUAGGUAAUAUUUUAAACUCAAUUUUGCAUAUGAUCAAUUCUUGAUUAUCUGUGCCAAUGAAGGGGAGUGUGGGUAUGGAUAAUGGAAAACCAUGAACAAUCCAGCUACUUUGAGCAAGACUGUCUCAAAUUUCCCGGUUAAGGGGAAUGGGGCAUUGGUAGCUGGGCAGCAGAGAAUAGCUCCCAAUACCAAGAGAUGUAGGUAAUCUGUAAGUUGACUGUAACGUGACUCAAACUGGUAGACUAGCUGAAUAAGCAAGUAUACAUUUGAAAAAAAAAUUCACAUUAAAAAAGAUUUGAUUGCAUGCUGUACA